UUGUUUUUUAGGUUUUUCCGUGAGAUUGUGUUUUUUCUUUCAUUGUUUUGGAAUUCUACUUGCGUAAACUUUCUUAGAGUUCAUUAUUUCGUCUUAAAUAAAUAAUUCCCGAAAAAAGAAUCUUAACAGUAUUUGCUAAAUAGUGAAUGUGAUGGGGACACAAGUAGACUGUGGUGAAAAUUCUUUCUGGAGUUCAUUGGACCUAAGUAAAAAUGGUUCAUCUUUACUAAAUAAACUCCUGCUGAAAGCUGCACGCACUGCUUCAUCUCCGAUCGAUUUAACUUCAAUGGUACGUAAAGAGGAGAAGCGUUAUGUAUACCAUCCUGAUGCUAUAAGCUAUUUCAUUCUACGAGAAAGAUCGAAUUGUCUUCCAGAGGAAUCUCAAAUUGAGAUGAAGAAAUAUAAUCUUGAUUAUAGUCGACUGAAUUUGUUUAUUCGUGAGAGAAAAGUAAAUGAGAAAAUAUUACGUACACUUAGUAAUGAUAAUUUAUCACACAAAGAAGAUAGACAACAAGAUUUAUUAAAAAUAUGGCGUCAAAAUAUCCUACCGAAUUGGAGAACAGGUUAUCCACCGAAAAAAAUAAGACAAUAUUUUUGGGAAGGUAUACCUUCACCUAUUCGUGGACAAGUUUGGUCUUUACUCCUCAUCGAUAAACUUGGAAUUACUCGAGAAUUAUUUGAUGCUUGUUUAAGUGAAAGUAGACGUCAUCUUGAAUCAGAUGGCAUUAAUCAACGAUGUGCAAGUGCGGAUUAUACUACACAGAAAUCACCUGCUUUUACUACUAAUAAUAUAUUCUUUAAUUCCUCUUUUGAUUUGACUAAUUUAAAAACAGAUUCUACUAGUUGUAAAGGGUGCAAUUUUAUAUUUCGCAAGUUAAAUACAGUGCCAAUUAAACGAGAAUAUACACGUGCUUCAGCUAUGAAUUAUUCUACUUUUAGUAGUAAUAGUAUCAGUUUAAUGAGAAUGCCUCGGUGUGAUAGACGUUCUUCAACCAAUCCAUUGAUUAUGUCAAGUGGUUCUUCUAACUUAGACAGUUUAGAGUUUGGAUCGUUAUCUUUAACAGAUCGUGUCAUCAGUCCACGUGGAGUUAAAUCUGAUGAUAUUUGUAGAACAUUUCCCGAUUUGAGAUUAUUUCAAUUUGGUAAUCCAUAUCAUGAAAAAUUGCAUGAUUUAUUGGCUACCUAUAUUACGUAUAAACCUGAAGUUGGCUAUGUACCAGGAAUGUCAUUGCUAGCUGGAAUGCUUUUAAUUGUAUUUGAUAAUGUUUAUGAUGCAUUUGUAAUAUUUGCAAAUAUUUUAGCUAGACCAUGUCAUCAAGCAUUUUAUAGUUUAAAUGAAGAACAAUUUUUAGUCUAUGUGAAUGCUUUUGAUAAAUUAUUUGCUGAAUAUCUGCCUCAUUUGUAUGCACACAUUAAAGCAGUUGGAUUAGAGACAAAUAUGUUUUUAUUCGAUUGGUUUUUUACUAUAUUUAGUGGGACACUUCCAUUAGAAACUGCUAUGCGAUUAUGGGAUUUAUAUUUUAUCUAUGAAGAAUCGGCUCUAUUCUAUGCAGCUUUGGCAAUAUUGAAAUUAUUUGAAAAAGAUUUACUUUUGUGUAGUUUCAAUGAGUUGUUUUCAUUUUUAACUGAUAUGACACUGCCGAAUGCAUUGACACCUGAAGUCUUAAUCACAACUAUGUAUUCAUUUCAUCAUCAUCAACAACAACAGCAUCACCAUUCAACAAAACGUCAUACUAUCGCUUCAAGUAGAAUCAAGACAUCACGACAACAUAUUUCUAGUCAAGAGUCUUUAUUCAGUAUGCAUCAAUUGUUAUCAGUGUUUAAAGAUGAUUUAUCCGAAUCAUUGAAUAAAUUCUCAUCCAGUACUAAUACUAAUAAUAAUAAUAAUCUAUAUACUUCACAAAUAUCAUUCAAUGAAUUACCAAGACCUUAUCAUCAUUUAGAUCACUCAGCACGUAGUCCACGUGAAAUAUCCGAUGAAUCUGAUGGUGCUGUAGACAUCGAUGAUCAAUAUUUUAAUUUUAAUACAAAGGAAUUAAGUUAUCAUUGGGAAUUAACAAAGAGAUCAAGUAAUAAUAGUAAUAAUAAUAGUAGUGGCAGUAUGGAUCGAAUGAUAAUUCGUGAGCUACACAAUGUCACUAACAAUAAUAACAAUAACAGUAAUUUAAACAAAGGCAUACACAAGACAAAUACCUCAGAAGUGAAGAAAAGACGUUGUACUAAUCCAUGCUUUUCUUAUCAUCUCACACGACUAUCAUCGUCAUCAUCAUCAACACCAGAGAACAAGUUAAGCGGUGGUACACAUUCGUAUAAAAGUCAAUCAGCUGAUUAUUCACAAAGGAUUAUGAAUGAUGAUGCGUCAACCUUUAAGCCAGUUGUCGGCAAUAGUAAUUUACAAGAGAGUAGAACAACUUCUUCAGAAAUGAUCCCAUAGUAUGGAUAAAAUGGGGAAUUUUACUAGGAAUAUUAUUAGGAAUACACUUCUAUGCUAUAUAUAUAUAUAUAUAUAUAUAUAUAUAUAUAUAUAUGCACUUAUAGGACAUGUUGUACACCUUCAAAAGGUUGCCAUUUACAAUCACUUCAGUUGUCAACCAACUAACCAGCUAACUGGCUGGCUAGAAGAAGAAGAAUAAGAAGCAUAAACAGAAGAAUCACCGUUUCUGUACUGACACAGUUCGACGUCUUUCAGUUUUCACAUGUGUGUGUCUGCGCAUCAGCGCUUGUGAUGCUUUUUUAAUUGAUAAUACAUUAUACAUUAAUUAAUACGUAUGCCAUUGUCAAAUGUUCAAUAGUGUCUUUCAUUAUUUUUUUUUGUUUAAAUUAAGUUAUUUUAUUUUAUUUUAAGUAUUCUAUUUCUAUCCACCGUAUCUUGGCAACUUCAUAUUGUUAACGCCAUCAAAAAAGAGCCUAAUAAUAUUAUUUCAUGUAAUUAUUUUGUGAACUGUAUUUUUGCUUGAAAAUAACAGAUAGAUGGAUAGAUAGAUAGAUAAUCGCUUACGUGACUUCAUUAAACGUGUCGAUUCUCUGUUUAUACUUUAUGAAUUAAGUGUUAUCAAGAUGACUAUAUAUAAAUGAUAAUUUACGCUUUUUAUAGUUAGUAGUACUUGAUUUUGAUAUUACGUGUUUUAGACUUGCAGUUUAUCACUCAAUCAUUCACUCACACACACACACACACAUACACUCAUUCGUAUGUGCCUGCCUGCAUAGAUUGUUAUUUUGUUAUUCUCAUAUUUCUAUAUGAAUUUCUAUGAACUUCUAA